AACACAACACUAGCUGGUCGACGCCAUUUCUUUCAUUUUAUCCAAUUUGUCUUCGUGUGAUUUUGAAAUUGAAGUGCAGAAAUAAAUACCUUAACUCAGUGGAUAUUAUUAGAAAGCUGCUUAAAAUAACGUCACGCAAUGUCGGACCAAAAGCGUUUACUGAAAGACUUGCGAGUUAUAGAUUUGCGCUCCGAGUUAGAGAAGCGUAACCUAGACAAGAGCGGUGUACGCGGUGUGCUCAUACAACGCUUGACAAAGUAUUUGGAAGAUCAAGGUGAGGACCCCACCACGUAUAAAUUUGAACUCGCUGUGGAAUCUAAGACUCCGUCGAAAAAGACACGCCGUUCAGUAGAGCAGGAAUCUGAAGAGACACCGGCCAUGGAAGAUAUGAUUGUGCAAGAUGAUGCGGGUGAAGAAGAGGACAACGAUCAAACUGAAAGACAUCAAGACAAGCAGGACGAAAAGCCAUCAGAAGAAAAAAUGGAAGUUGAUAUGAAAUCACCACGGAAACGGGAAAUGAAAGAUGACUCUGAGGUUAUAGCAGCUAAAAAACCUUGUUUGGAAAAUGAGAAAAGUGAAGAUGAUCAAAAAGGUGAAAAUAAUACAGAUGCUGAAGACAGUAUCAACUUGGAUCUUGGUGAAGAUGAGCUUCUCAAUGAAGAGACUGACAAUGCUUCAAAAGACCAUCAAAUUGAUGAUGCAGAGCUCCACGAGUCUGGCGAGGCCGCCGGCGACGACUCUACGCCUGCGGACGUCGACGCAGCAACGGACGCGGCGCCCGGUGAUAAUGAACAGCAAGUAAACAGCGACGCCCCUGCCACUAGCAAUGAUGAGGACAAAAACGAUAAAGCACAAAAAGAUGACAAAGAAAAAGAGAAUGAAGGUGAUAAGAAGGACAAAAAGGAUGAUGGCAAGGAGGGUGGCGCGCGCAACCUUUGGGUCAGCGGUCUUUCGGGCGACACUCGCGCCAAGGACCUGAAGCAACUGUGCAGCAAACAUGGAAAGGUAAUUGGAGCUAAAGUGGUGACCAAUGCAAGAACCCCAGGAUCUAGGUGCUAUGGGUAUGUCACUAUGGCGAGCCCGCAAGAUGCCGAAAACUGCAUCAAAAACCUUCAUAGGACCGAAUUGCACGGACGCAUGAUUUCCGUGGAGAAAGCCAAAUCAGAAUCGGAAUCGUCAUCGCGCCGUCAGCCCUCGCGAUCCGACCGGCGCUCGAGCAGGGACCGCAAAGAAGACUCAAAAGAUAGCGAGGAGGGGAAGGAUGGAGAAAGGGUUGGAGAAAAAACCAAGAAAGAUGGUGAGGCUUCUGGGGAUGAAAAUGGCAGAGCUACCUCAAGGACGAGGGAGAAGUCGCAUAGGUCCGAUAAAGACAGACCUAGACGCAGUACCAGGAGUCGAGAACGUAGACGAUCACCUAGGGAGGUGCUGUCCUUUUCUAAAAUAUGGAAGGAGCGCGACGUGGCGCGCGCGCGGGAGAGGUCGCGGGCAGCGCGCGAGGAGGAGCGACGACGACGCGCGGCCGAGGAGACGCUGCGCGAGCGCGAGCGCCGCCAGCGGCAGGAGAAGCACCGCCUCGAGCUCGAGCGCGAGAAGCUGCGCGCUGAGAGAGAAAAAAUUGAACGUGAAAAGAAUGAACUGCUCCGUUUGGAACGCGAGAGGCACAGGCUCGAGAGGGAAAAGUUGGAGCUGGAGAGGCUGGAGUUGAAGAGAGCUCAACUCAGACUAGAAGAGGAGCGGCGCAAGCGCGGCUACGAAGGCACGACCGCGUACCGCAAGGCUGGCAGCCCGCCGCCCGACGCCGCCUACGACCGCGACACUCGCCACAAGCGCCCGCCCCCGCCCAACAUGUCGUCGCGCAGUCAGUUCGAGGCGCCGCCGCCGCCGCGCUUCGAGGCGGCGUACGAGCGCGCGGACAAGCGCGAGCGCGACCGCGACUACAAGCGCGACUAUCCCCGCCACGUCUCCUCUAGCAACAUGAAGUACCCCAGCAACGGUAACACAAACGACGACAGUCGGCAACCGAUGCCGCCCGGUACCAGACCUAAAGAACCUGGACGGUCGUACUCCCCGCGAGAGCCGCGCUACCGCGCGUCGCCGCCCGCCAAGCCCGAGCGCGCCUGGAGCGCCUCCGGCCGCUACGUCGACGUCGCGCAGCUCUCCAAGGGCAGCGGCAGCGGCAGCGGCAGUGGGGGCGGCGAGGCGUGGUCGGGGUACGGGUACGAGGCGCGCUACCCGCCGCAGUACCAGCCGCCGCCGCCCGGCGCCGCCUACCCCGACCGCUACCCGCAGCGAGAUUACACGCGCAAGUACUAAUAAUGACUAUAACUAAGAUUGGACACUGGCAUAAUUUAAUUGGCUAAGAAAAUUAUAUUAGUACAUAUAUAUUUUCGACAAAUGUAAGUAUUACCUAAAAUAGGUAUAUAAACAAUGUUAUCAUAAUUAUUUAUGAUGUAUCUGAAAUAUAUAAAGGUGUCUGUUGUAUUUAUUAAUCAUACUAAUAUCUCCAGCCCAUAAAAAUCAUUCCUCUAUUGAUUUUAAGACUUGCUGUCAACAUUUAUUUUUACAAUAAUUGUGAAAAAUCUUCAUUAAUUUCUAAUUCUUUAAGUCAGUGAUUUUAGCAUUUAUACAGCAUAGUUUUGUUUUUCGCCAGCUUCUUUUGUCAUUUGGUUUGCAUGUUCUUAUGCAUUCUUCAAAUAAAAAAAUAUUAUAAUUAUGUAUUCAUUUAAAUAUAAUGGAGAAGUGUGUAACUGCCAUUGUGUACAUUUUUAUUUAAGAUUUAUUUUAGGUGUAAUUAAGUUGUUGAUAAAAUAAAGACAUUACAAGACAAA